CCGUGGUUUUAUCGACCUCCAUCCAGGCCAGCUGAGGCACGAGCUCUUUGUGUCUUAAUUCUACUAAGGAGUCUUAAGAGAACACCUAAGAACAACUCAAAAUUUCCUGAGCUACAAAAAAGAGGAGAACAUCUGGGAUCUCCAAAAAGUUUCCUGAGCUCUGAAGGAGCAACAUCUGAGCAAAAACAUUUCUUCCUUGUUCUAAAAAACCCAAAUAAGACAGUUUAGAGUAUAAAAGUGUUGUUAAACUCACACAGAAAUUGUCUUCUCCCUUUUUUCUCAGUCUUUAGGGGUAAAGAGCCGCUUGUCAUAUUUAAAAACAUCCUCUGCGUCUUCUGGUUUCUCCUCACAGUCUCAAAUAUGUCCUGUAAUGUCCGAAUACAUCCACAGUUUACCCAGAUCUGCCCAUUUACAGUUCCAGAUUGCUCAAAGUCCUUAAGAUCCCAGUGUUGUUGGUCAUAUGCAUGAAGAACAGUCUUAUUCAAUCAGACAGGUGACUCAACUCUGACCCCUCCUGUGGCGGGAUUACGGCGUCCAGCUGUCUGUCACUCGCUCCACAUGCAAGCAGAAUUUAGGACGUCUACUUGAGCGCCUCCAGACUGAAGGAUAAACAGGCGGCCACAAUCUCCAUCAGGACCAGACGUCUGGCAUCAGAGGGAGCUGGACAUGUCUGUCUGAUGUCUGUCUGUCUGUCUGUCUGUUACAGAGAAAGUGACUCACAUCUGAUCCGCUGCAGUUCAUUCUGCUGACAGAGGAGUCGUGGUAUAAAUAUCCCAGAGGAGCAGGACUGAAGGCACAAACCUGGUGUGGUGUGUGUGUGAGGAACAUUACUAUGGAUUUACUGCCGCUGCUGGUGUUUCUUCUGCUCUCCGCCGUCCAUCAGACCUUCACAGCUGUUUUAGGUGAAAACACAGAGUCCAGAAACCUGUUCACAGAGAGAGCCUGCUGCAGACGCCAGAGUCACGUCAUCUACAUCGGCAAAGAUAUUUCUGGCAGUCCUGUGAAUGUUGAUGUGGGCGUGUGCAGAACGCAUUGUGGCCAAUCAGCGCGUUCUACAUUACUGGAGGCGGGGCUAAAGACCUCCAAAUAUUCCUCAAUGCUCGAUUUCCUGCGACACAAAAAGAUGAGACGUCUGGAUUCAUCCUCCUCAGGAGCUGCAGACUCCAUCAGCGGUUCCCCGUCCUGCGGUCUGAGCUCCACCUGUGAGCCGUCCGGUGUGCGUGUGGACCGCGUGAUGCUGUAUGAAGGUCUGCGGGAGGUCGAGAUCAUCGAGGACUGUCACUGCGAAGCCAAAAUGAGCCAGUGUGUCCGAGCACCAUCUCUGAAAACAUACUACUCUGAGACGCCAUAUGAGACUGUUAUAGACACAGGCAAAUGUGUCGGAUCGAAAGGGGCACCUGAGGGAUUUUCAUGCGUGCCGACUAAGUUUGAUUCCACUCUCAUUGAAACUCCAAACAAAGUGGAGUUGAUCCAAACGGUGGCCCAAUGCAAACUCAUGGAGGGAUGUUACCGAAUCCCAUAUGUAGAGUAUCAUUACGAGAUCACGUACAACGAUGACGGAGUCAAAGUAGAAAGCCUGAGGGAAAUAGAUGUCGGCAGAUGUUUGGGAAGCUGCACCUCAGGGAGCCGCUGUCUUCUCAGGAGUGCGUCUGAUCUCGGUGAAUGUCUGCUGUGGGCUGAAGGACAGGGCAACGCUUGUGUUCCUCAAGACUACGAGAGCCACACUUUCCUCAGUCAACACGGCCAAAUCCGCACCGUUCUGGCCAUCACUUCCUGUCUAUGCCAGUCUUAAACACCGUCCUCUACUGGAAGUCUUCAGCAACUACAGUGGGAACUUGAUGAAGUUUCCUUCAUGCCUCGCUUGCAUGGCUUUAAUGUCAGGUUUGGGGAUGUGCAUUAAUGCAUGCGAUUUAAUGUUGCAAUGUAUUCUGUAAUAUAUGUAAAUUAUGUAAAAAGUAUUUUGUAAAUAAAAUCUAUGUCAGA